AUGUCAAACAAGCCAUUGAUUUUAUUACAUGUUUCUGGAAUGAACAAUGAAUCAGAGCCAGAUCAAUUUAUGGAUACCAAUGAUGAUAAUUACGAGACUAUUGAUCUUACUAAUGACGGGGGAGACCCAAUGGUAGCUGAACUUGCAAAAGAUCUCGAAUUAUAUUACAGAAUUGUUGAUGAACCUCUUGCAACAGAAAAUGCAAUGAAUAAUGAAAAAAUUCUGGGAAUGGUUUAUAGGACAUUUGAUCCCGAGCCUGUAGCAACAGAUUCUGAAGAAGAUGAAGUACCUUUGACACCUCUAGUGAAUUUAUCAGAGGCAAUAAAUGCACUGCAACUUCUCAUUCAAUUUCAAAAACAAAGAGAAAGUGAUGAUGAGUUUAAACCUGAAGAGUUAAAUAUGUUGCACAAAAAAUGUAUCAUUUUGAAAAAUUGA